GCCGUGGGGCGGCAUAUUUCACAGACAGUCGGGGGGGGGGGGGCGACCCUUGAGAGCAGGCAAAGGGAGCUGGCGCGCUGCCCUGUACCCGCACCCUGGGGUGCGCAGCGCUCUAGCGGGGCCGCGGCGGCUCAGACAGGCGCGCUUCAGCGUGGGGCUAAUGGGAUAUUUUGCGGCAGAUCCGCUGACACCUAACCAAAUGCAAAACGCCUGAUCGGAGGAGGGUGGAAAAUGCUGGCUCUGCCCGCCCGCCGGCCGAGGGGCCUGCGCUCUUUGUUCUGGGGGCUCCGAGAGGCGGCUCUGCCAACGCUGCAGGUGUUUGGGGGAUUGCUCCAGUCAGCGGCCCUCCGAGCCGCCCUGGGCCUAGUCUCAAGAAGCCGCCGAAAGGAGGAGAUGCAAACCACCUCGCGGAGGAAGGGGGAGUGCUUUCAGAUCUGGAACACAAACAAAAUUUGGGACUUUGCUUACUCCACAGUAGAGACAUUCAUUCUCAAGGGAGGUAUAAUAUAUUUUGAUGUCUUCACAAUGUAUGCGCAGAACCUAGCUAAGAGACGCCGGCAUGAGGACGAUUGUGAGGAGGACAUGGACACAGACGUUCCUGAAAGCACAGGAUGUGGCAACUGGGACAUCACGGUGGCAGUGGGGCUGGUUGAUACAGUGGAACGCCUAUUCUGGGCCUGGCAAACAAGCACAGACUGGUGGGACCGCAUAGCAUUGCAGAACUCAGCAGAAUUCCCCAGGAUGGGUCACCGUGUGGCACAGCUGGCUCUGUCCAUCAGUGACCCAGCCAAGGACAUCAGCUGGGAGGCCAGAGAGGGAGUGUACCAGCUCUACCAGCUGCUGCUGCACCAGAGGGGUCUUCGGAAAGUUCUUCUAGGAGAGGCAGAGAAGAUCCUUCCUCCAGAUGGCAGUGCUGGCCAUCCACAACCCCCUGUCAGCCAGGCUGGGCUGCUCCUCACCUACUCCCUCCUGGGGGAAGCCCAGCAGCUGAUGGAGGACAAGCAGGAGGAUUUCACGGCCAAUGUGAUGCGCCAGCUCCGCAUCAUCCGGCACUUGCGCCAGGUGCCUGAGGCACUGCAGGGCUGUGCCUCUGAGGCCACCAGAAACUCCCGCUCCCUGCUGCAGGAAGGGGCUCUCCGGAGAUGUCUUCGAACCUGGACUCCUGAGAGCGUUUCCGGCAGGAGGCUCCAGCCCCUCGGGCAUGAAGAGAACUUCAGGUAGUCUCGUUCAUAUGGCAUCUCUGGUCUCCAGCUCCACUUCCCGCAGCAGGGCAAAUGAACCCAUCAGCUCCCAGAAUCCCAACUCUUUGACCUCCUUCCGGUCAGCAGUGGGGUUUCUCCAGCCCCCUCACCACACCUGUCAGCCACUGAAUGAUGAAGGGCCUGAAUGUCAGAGUCACCAAAACAAGAAAACUCCAGUUCCAGGCAGUGGGGCCUGUGUGUACUCAGCCCCUCUAGAAACCAGGUCUGAAAUGGGGAGCAAGGACCUCAGCUCAGUAACAGCAGGAGUGGGCAGAGCAGGCCUGUAACAGGAGGCUUUCCCCUGGGCUGCACAGCCUGGGGCUUAGCCAAGCUGUCAUAAAUAUAAAGGGAAGGGUAAACCCCUUUAAAAUCCCUCCUGGCCAGAGGAAAAAUCCUCUCACCUGUAAAGGGUUAAGAAGCUAAAGGUAACCUCGCUCGCACCUGACCAGAAUGACCAAUGAGGAGGAGACAAGAUACUUUCAAAAGCUGGGAGGAGGGAGAGAAACAAAGGGUCUGUGUCUGUCUGUAUGCUGCUUUUGCCAGGGAUAGAACAGGAAUGGAGUCUUAGAACUUUUAGUAAGUAAUCUAGCUAGGUAUGCGUUAGAUUAUGAUUUCUUUAAAUGGCUGAGAAAGGAACUGUGCUGAAUAGAAUGACUAUUCCUGUCUAUGUGUCUUUUUUGUAACUUAAGGUUUUGCCUAGAGGGAUUCUCUAUGUUUUGAAUCUAAUUACCCUGUAAGGUAUCUACCAUCCUGAUUUUACAGAGGGGAUUUCUUUACUUCUAUUAAAAGUCUUCUUGUAAGAAAACUGAAUGCUUUUUCAUUGUUCUCUGUUCCAAGGGUUUGGGUCUGUGGUCACCUAUGCAAAUUGGUGAGGAUUUUUACCAAACCUUUCCCAGGAAGUGGGGUGCAAGGGUUGGGAGGAUUUUGGGGGGAAAGACGUGUCCAAACUAUGUUUCCCAGUAAACCCAGUUAGAGUUUGGUGGUGGCAGUGGAGAUCCAGGGACAAGGGAUAAAAUUAAUUUGUACCUUGGGAAAGUUUUAACCUAAGCUGGUUAAAGUAAGCUUAGGAGGUUUUCAUGCAAGUCCCCACAUCUGUACCCUAGAGUUCAGAGUGGGGGAGGAACCUUGACACAAGCUGAUUACAGAAUAAGCCCUAACUGAGAGGCACCAUGUACCUCCCCCUAAAGAGCCAGAGUGCAGUGGUGAUACAGCCCAGCUGAGGAAUCAACAGGAAUGAGAACGAGAUAGGAAGUUCAGAGCAGCAAGGAAAGUCUAGAGGGGAACUUGAGAAGAGAAAUAGGAAGUACCCAGGGAAAACUGCAGCAAAGAGAAAGAAGCAGACCUAGCUGUUGGGUACAGGGCCCUGGGCUGCUCCCAAUGUCAGGGUGGGACUGGGUUUCCCUACUGGCUGCAAAUAAGGGGGCUUACACGCACCCGGAGAGGGUUACCAAGCCCAGCAUGUGGGCUGCAGGCUGAGCAAGGGCCCCAGCGAUGGCAGAAGGACUUCUUUCUGUGGAAAGAUCUCUUUGGACUUUUAGUGUGAGACAAGCUGGGCCACAGAAGGGUGGACUAAAGGUGGUGACCUGGCCGGAGGGCUGAGUUAGCAGACAGAGAAACUGUCAUGGUGCUGGAGUGACCAUCGAUGGGGGACGCUAGCCCAGCGAGAGGGCUGUGAUGCCAUGUUUGGCCGCCGGGGGGCAUGUAACGAUGUGUAGAUUUGUUUCUGAUUGGCAUAGUCAGGAGCAUUGAAUUCCCCCUGUGAUCCAUGAAGGCUGAUGGAAGUCUUGGUUGCUGAAGGACGGUCUGUCCUGCCAAGCGGGUGUCUCGAGGGACCGAGCUGGUCACUGGAUUUCUCACUUCAGUUCCAGGGACUGGUUAAGCAGCCAAAGCAGGUCUAGGGGUUUCUCACGCAGCUCCUAGAACACCAACAGAGGCAGAAGGAAGUGCAGGCGGAGCUACAGACGCGGCAGCAGAAAUACCUGUGAGAGAUCCUGCAAAGGGAAAUCAACCCAGGGUCUGCUAUACCCAUGGACAAAAAGAGCAGACAAGGAGAGCAUGCCUGGGCUGUGCUGUGAAGAUUAGCCCAGGAGAGCAGGGCAUGAGAAAGUGUACAAGAGUGGCCUAAUGCCAAGAUGGGGACAAGAGUUCUUUGUUUUGGGUGCAGAGAAGCAGGCCAUAUCAAAAGACACGGCCUGCUUAGGAAAUUGCUGAGUGGCAAAACGAGGGGCCAGAGUCUCAAGAAGGUAGAAAGAAAGGAGAAGGUGUCCUCUGACACAAACCCACAUAAGGCAGGCAAUGUGGAGGUGGCAGGGAUGGCCGUGGACUUUGCAGACCCUCCACCAACAUACCCUGUCGGGUACUGGAGGGAGGUGAAGGACGAAAUGGUUGGCACAGAGAUGAUGCAGACUGAAGUCGGGACAAACACCAGAGUGGAGCAGUCCAUGGUGGGUUCUCAGACCCUGACGGAAAGGGUUUUGGCGUAUGCAGUGGCAGUAGCAAAAAGGCUACAGAAGAAGCUAAAGGCUUCAGAAGAAGCUCUGCAAGCAGCGGUUAAUGAGAAGGAGUGGCUGCAGGAAGAGCGCUGGGAUACUGCGUAAGAGAAGGAUUGCCUCUUAAUUCUGGUGAGCGAGCUGGCAGUGGAGCUGGGGACACUGUGCGCAGGCUGUACAAGCACGCAGCCGGUGACAGUGAUGAGAUGACAAGGGAUGAAGCUUGGACAAGAAUAGAACUUGCCCCCCGGUUGGGCCAGGUUCUAAGGAGGAGGGUAUGUAAUAGGGGGGCUUGGCUUGUGGGCUGUAAAGCCUGGAGUUAGGGCAAACGGAUUACAGAAUGAGCUCCACCUGAGGGGAAAACCAGGGAAAACUGCAGCAAAGGUACAGGAGCAGGCCUAGCUGUUCAGUACAGGGCCUUGGGGCAGAACCUAGAAUCCAGGGUAGGACUGGUUCUUCCAUGGUCUCUAAGGAAGGGGGUGUACAAGGCCAUAGAAAGGGCUACCAAGGCUAGCAGGGGCAGGCCGAGCCAAAGUCAGGCUGAGGAAGAGCCCCCAAAGGGACGGAAGACCUUGUUUCUGUUAAAGACUGUCAUAAAUAUAAAGGGAAGGGUAAACAUCUUUCUGUAUGCAGUGCUAUAAAAUCCCUUCUGGCCAGAGGCAAAAUCCUUUCACCUGUAAAAGGUUAAGAAGUUAAGGUAAACUCGCUGGCACCUGACCCAAAAUGAUCAAUGAGGGGACAAGAUACUUUCAAAUCUGAAGGGGUGGGUGUUGUCUGUCUGUGUGAUACCUUUGCCGGGAACAGAUCAAGGAUGCAAGUCCUUCAACUCCUGUAAAGUUAGUAAGUAAUCUAGCUAGAAAAUGCGUUAGGUUUUUCUUUGUUUUGGCUUGUAAAUUCGCUGUGCUGGAGGGAAUGUGUAUUCCUGUUUUUGUGUCUUUUUGUAACUUAAGGUUUUCCCUAGAGGGAUUCUUUAUGUUUUGAAUCUGAUUACCCUAUAAAGUAUGCACCAUCCUGAUUUUACAGAGGUGAUUCUUUUACCUUUUCUUUAAAUAAAAUUCUUCUUUUAA